AUGAGGGAGAUUUCAACUCGGACGGAAGGAACACCGUGGCUGAUUGGAGGGGAUUUUAACACGAUCCUUGCCCAUGAAGACAAGGUUGGGAGUGAGACCAAUAGGCAAGCUGAGAUGAUUGAUUUUGCCGAAGCCAUUGAAGAUUGUAGGCUUCUUGACCCAGGGUUUGAUGGUGCGGAGUUCACAUGGGCCAAGAAUGGUUUGUUUGAAAGGCUGGACAGGAUGUUUGUUAGUGAGGCAUGGACCAACGCGUUUGAGGCAACAAGGGAGCAAAAAGCCCUUAAGGCUUGGAACAAGGAAGUCUUUGGCAAUAUACAUGCCAACCUCAAAGCGAAGAAGGAAGGGAUCGCGCAAGCUCAAGCCGACUUUGAGGCUGACACGCCUCGGAAUAGGACUGAGAUCAACAAGAGCAUUGCCGAGUAUAUUCUCCCACUUCGGAUGGAGGAGGACUUCUGGAGGCAAAAGGCCGCACUAAUAUGGCUUGCGGAUGGUGAUAAGAACACCAGUUUCUACCAAAGCUGGGUGAAGCAGAAGAGAGUUAGACUACGAAUACACUCCAUUAAUGUGGAUGGCCGGGAGAUUGCGAAUGAAACAGAGAUACGGCACUCAGCGAUUGAGUUCUUUCGGAGCCUCCUUGCCCUGGACACCCCGACACUUGAGGAACCGGACCUUGAUCUAAUCCAACAACUUCCCCCCUCAACGGACCUAGAGGAGCUACACAACCCACCGGACCCUAAGGAGGUGAAGAAAGCGGUGUUUGACAUCUUCGGGGACAGUGCACUAGGCCCGGACGGCUUUUCGGUCGUCUUCUAUCAAACUUGUUGGGGGAUCAUUGGAACGGAUGUUGUGGAAGCUAUAAAGUAG